GCCAGGCCCAGCGGACAGCGCGUGGAGAGGCGGCGCUGCACAGCCAUGGCGGAGCCGGACGAGUCCGGGAGCUCUCGGCCGUCAGCGGGCGGGCGGAAGAUAUCCUUGCAGAGAUGUGAAACCUGUAGCCAGGAGGAAGCUAAGUACAGAUGUCCACGAUGCAUGAAAUACUCAUGCAGUCUGUUAUGUGUAAAGAAGCAUAAGCUUCUGCAGAGCUGUAAUGGAAUCAGGGAUAAAACAGCAUUUGUCUCUGUAAAUGAGUUUACUGACUUGAACCUACUGAGUGAUUAUCGUUUCCUGGAAGACGUGGGAAGGACAGCUGAUGCUGCCGCUCGACAUCCUAUUGUGCAUAGCCCAUCAACAAAAAAACAUUUAUAUUGGUUGAGAAACAGAGCUCGGAAGUGUAAUAUCGAUCUGAGAACAAUGCCUGUGGGGUUUACAAAGAGAAGAGAAAAUUCAACCAGUUACAAUGCCGCGGAGAAGAAGUUUUACUGGCAUUUGAAGCUUGUAUUUCCUCACUGUCAUGCUGAAUAUGUUUUGAAAGGGGUGCCUGACGAUAAAGCACUCGCUGAUAUCCUUAAGCCAUACAUUGAUCCAGUGGAGUCAGAUCCUGUAGUUUGUCAAAGAUUAAAAAUGUAUACAAUGUCUCCUCAGUCAGAUGUACAAAUUUUAAUGAAAAUAGAAAACAGGAAACAAAACUCUGUCAGGUACUAUGAACUGGAUGCUAGUAGAAGCCUCUUAGACAAUUUGAAAGGCAAAGUGGUAAUUGAGUAUCCAACUUUAUUUGUCGUCUUGAGACCAUUGAAGAAUGACAUGGUGGUUCUUCGCCAAGAUGCCAGUGAAUCUACAGAGAGCUCGGACAGUGAAAGUUCAUCGCUUUCAUCUAUGGAAGAAGGGGAAAUUCGGGACAGUUCGUGACAGUUCUUUGAGAGAAGAGGGUGGAAUGAGCAUUUUAUGUUUCUUUGGGGGUUUUUUGAUUAAAUUAAAUCUUUUUUUGUACAACUGGGUUCUCAGAGGUUUUGUUUGGCUUCCUUCACUAAAGGCAGCAGAUCCAAACUGCCUGCCUAUUUUUUGGUUUCGUAAUGCAUAUUUAAGGAUGUAAAUAGAAAGAUGGGGAAUUACUGAUUUGAGGGGAAUGGCAGGAUGGAAAGAAAGCAUUCUUAUUUAAUUUCAAUCUUUUAGCCAUGAAUAUUUAAUCAAUCAGAGUAACCCAAAUUUAAAGUUUCCGAGUUAAUCUUAGCAAUUAUUUUUUCCCUUUUACCCCUAGCAGCUCAGUAUCUGAUUUCUGAGGUUAAAUAUCUAACCACAUAUUUGUAUUAAAGCUGCCAGUGUUUCAUUAAAUUACAUUUUCUUUUAGGGGUUUUCUUUGUCAUGCUGAGCUGCUGCAAAUAAUCUUACUUUUAUUUUUUACUUCAAUCUCCUGUUGGUGACAUUUUGAGUGCCUGAUGAAAUACGCUGGGUUUUCUCUUACUGGGUUGCAUCCUGUUUGAUGUCUAAAGGACAGGUCAAACCAUGGUUCAGAGUGGCAUGUUGCUAGUAUGUUUAAUCUUCUACCCUGAUCUUCUAAACUAGCAUGGGGUUUUAAAUAAAUAGAAAUGCAUACAAGUGCUAACGUAUUGGAAUUCUAAACAAUGCUGAUGUCAUGCAUCUCAGAUUACUAGUUUACCUACUGAAGCCAAAUACUGUAAAUAUUUGCUGGAAUCUCAACUAAAUUUACCUACCUAAA